GUACUUCGCGCGGUCCCCUGAGGGGCCUUUGGUGGUGGGGCUCCACACAAUAACUCUCUCGCAUACUUUCAAGGAUUCUCUUUUAAAAAUCCCAGCAGCCAAUGCUGAAAAUUCUAACCGGCAUAAGGGGCCAAUCGGGGCCCACGUUGGAAAUCGCGAGCCGGUUCUCGAGCAUAUCGUUUUUGUCCUCACGUUUAGUUGCUCUUGCUCACUCGAUCCUUACUGAAUAUCGUAUGGUUUUAUGUAUACACAUGUAUUUAUAUAUUGACCAAACAAAAUUUUCUUAAAAUUUGCUCGCUAUUCGUUAUUACUUCCUAAAAAUGCCGGUAGUGCAAUAAAUUCAUCUGUUAUUAAUCUAAUCGCGAAAUUCUUAUCAUUUUAUUACUAUUUACAAUGUUUGUUAUCAAAGAAAUUUUUCUUUACCUUCUUUUAUCAGAGUGACUCAAUUAUAUCACAAAAAAUAUAUAAGACGCUAUCAGUAUCUUAUGAAAAAUUGACGCCAUGACACGGAUGCAUUUAUUGAGUUUUUAAAGUCAUUCUCGAGAAAUCCAAUAUUUGAUUGGAAUACAAAAAAAAAUUUUAAAUAGUAUUAAUUAAAUACCCCUUUUCAUUUCAUUAACCGUAUAUGAAGAAGGAAAAUUUUGCAGUUUAAUGCUUUUUAAUUGAUGCGCGAUAAAAGUUUUUAUUGAGUCAUCAAAAAAUUGUGAUGUUUUAAAAAUUAUUCUAGUGAUUUUGACGAUUCACCGCAUUGGGAAAAUAAUAACAGUGAUGACAUAAAUAAUGAGAAAAAGGAUAUAUUGUGGAAAACCCUCUUGAAAGUAUGAAGAGUGGAAAGGGCCAUUAGGAUUAGUUGAAAAUACAGUGUUUUCUGCAGCGGAAUGUGCUUCGAAGUACAUGGAUCGAUGAACUCUCUUGGGAUCGCGUUGAAUGACCCGGAUUGACGUAGGAAGGACAGUUUUAUCAAAAAUAGAAAGUUGAUGAACCAGCACCAAAGACAAGGUGCGAAUCCAUGACCCAGGUGCAAGAAGAGAGGACCUCGAAAAAAUUAGCAAAAAAAGCGCCAAAUCUAGACGUCGAUGAAAAAAAUACAGUUAGCAGAACUUAAUCUAGAGAGAUAGGUAUUCUAAGCGAAAGAGAAAUUGUCACCAAACAAGAAAUUCAGAAAGGGAAAAAUCAUGAAAGCUUGAAUGAAGAAGAAUUUCCAAAGAAGGUAGAAACAUUAAAAGGAAAAAAAAGCAGAAGAUCAAGUUGUGAGAGAUCGACUGGCGUUAUGUAAAUUCAUCCGCCUGCAUCUCUUCUCAGUGUGAAGGGCCGGAAAGGAAAGAUCUUACCGACUGACCCAGAAUUAUUCCAACGUUGACCCCAAGUGUGCGGUGGUUUUUCUGAAAUGGGACACGGCACAGCCCGAAGCUAAAUUAGCCGUGAUGUCCAAUAAGAGUAAAAGCCAGCCGCAACAGCAUCAGCAACACGUGAUCAAGCCAGUUGAUCAGGUGCCACCGCGUUAUCAACCGCCUCCACAACCAAGUUCCGGAAUUCUCAAAAAUCACCUGCAGCACUUUGUCCCAAGCGCUGCAGUUUCCGCUCCCUCAAGUUCUACUGUUAAUCUCAAUCAUCAGCAACAACAACAUCAACAACUACUACAUAGAACCAACCUACCCAAAGAUGUGCCGAAUAAAUUCAUCCCAAAGGUAGAGCAUCAACAACAAACCGGAAACAAGCUACCACAAGGUCAAUUUCUUCCAUCGAAGAUCCUUGGACAAGGUCAAUUGUUGUCUACAAAUAGUCAGUAUCCCGUGAAUCCACCUACUACUAGGCAAAGAAUCAGCGACGAGGAGUUCCUUAGACUGGGACCCCUGGAGAUGCUCAAGUUCGUUAGGAAAUCUGAAGGUGACAUUACGCGAGUUGCCGCUGAACAAAAUCGUCAAAUACAAACACUGCUCGCUGAACUUCGAACACUUAAGGAAGCGAACCAAAGACUGAGUGACGAUAAUCAAGAACUUCGGGACCUUUGCUGUUUUUUGGAUGAUGAUCGACAGAAGGGUCGAAAAUUGGCACGCGAAUGGCAAAGAUUUGGACGCUAUACGGCCAGUGUUAUGCGUCAAGAGGUUUCUGCUUAUCAGAAUAAAUUGAGACAAUUGGACAAUAAACAACAGGAGUUGAUCAAGGAUAAUUUGGAAUUAAAGGAACUUUGUUUGUAUCUCGACGAAGAAAGGGGAGGAGGUCAAAGAGAUGAUGGUGACGGAUCAAGUUCUAGUACGAAUGCCGAAGAAACAGCAUUGCCACGAACGAGACAUACGUCUGUUUUUAAUGAUCAAACAAUGCAGUAUUUAAGAAGUUUGGAGCAACGAGUAAAACAAUUGGAAGAAGAUAAAAGUAUUCUUCAAGCUCGAGCCCAAGGAUGGGAGGUUGGUCCAGGUGAAGUUUGGGAGAAUUCAAAUAGUCCAGGUGGGAAUCCCUACUUGGGCAGCCGGCCGGAAGCUGUAGUUCGUGCUCUUCAGGUUCUUGAAGUGAGAGAGCAACUUGAAAGAGAAGAGGGACACGAUGGAGAAAAGGCAUUAGUUCGUGAAAUGUGUAAUGUUGUUUGGCGAAAAUUGGAGGAAGGUCCUCAAACGAGGCACUAGCAAAAAUCCCAGGCUCUAAACAAAAAUGAGAGCCAUCGGAAUUUAUAGACAUAAUUUAGAAAUUUUCCCUCCCAAAUGCCGUUUAUUGCCUGUCAAAUAAGGACAGUUACUCUUGCCGUUUUAUAGUAUUAUAAACCUGAAUUAAUAUUUUUUAAGUAAAUGAAAGUUUUAUUUAAGUCUUUUUAUAAAAGAAAUUAUUGAGAGAUUUUUAUACGUUUUUACUACGUAAAAACAAUAUUAACGUUUCCUUAGGAAGAUAAAAUAUUUUUUUUAUAUGUAUAAAGCUUUUUAAGCAUUGUUGUUAAAUGUAAAA